CUCGGAAAGUCGAUUCACGGAUCACGACAUCAUAAGUUUCGGUGCAAUUGUUUUUCUGUUAGUCACUGCGAUAUGGACAUUUCACUUACCUCUUUGCUUUCUGAAAUCUCUUGUUCAUUUUUUCCGUCUUCUCGCUUGACUUCAUUUCCCCCUCAACCUUCCCUCGAACCAAACGCCUUCAAGUCAUUGCGUUUGCCCCCAAAUUUUCGUUCCCGAUCCAGAAUCUUUCUCAGCAAGUCGUUGCUAUGCUGCCAAAAGAUUCGUGUGAUAAGAGCUGCCCAGAGUUCAGAGCAAGCACAUAAUGACGGGUUUGUGCUGGAAGACGUUCCCCAUUUGACCCAUUUUCUCCCCGAUUUACAGUCAUAUCCAAAUCCUUUGCAGAAGAGCCAAGCUUAUGCAAUUGUCAAGAACACUUUUGUGAGCCCUGAAGAUGUGGUUGCACAAAAUAUUGUAAUUCAGAAAGACAGUCCAAGAGGAGUUCAUUUUCGGCGUGCAGGGCCUCGAGAAAAGGUUUAUUUCAAGCCAGAGGAAGUUCGAGCUUGCAUAGUUACCUGUGGAGGAUUAUGCCCAGGAAUCAAUACAGUGAUUAGGGAAAUUGUUUGUGGUUUGAACUACAUGUAUGAUGUUGAGGAUAUACUAGGAAUUGAGGGAGGAUAUCGAGGGUUUUAUUCAAAAAAUACAUCGAAAUUAUCACCUAAAGUUGUUGAUGAUAUCCAUAAACGUGGUGGCACUUUUCUUCGCACAUCUCGAGGAGGACAUGAUACCCACAAGAUAGUUGAUAACAUUCAGGACAGGGGAAUAAAUCAGGUAUACAUAAUUGGAGGUGAUGGUACCCAGAGAGGAGCUGCUGUCAUAAAUGAGGAAGUUAAAAAACGUGGUCUUCAAGUUGCUGUGGCUGGGAUUCCAAAGACAAUUGACAAUGAUAUUGCCGUGAUAGACAAAUCUUUUGGAUUUGAUACUGCUGUGGAAGAAGCUCAAAGAGCCAUUAAUGCUGCACAUGUGGAGGUUCUAAGUGUUGAAAAUGGAGUUGGAAUUGUUAAACUAAUGGGAAGAUACAGCGGUUUCAUUGCUAUGCAUGCAACGUUGGCAAGCCGAGAUGUGGAUUGCUGCUUGAUUCCAGAGUCCCCCUUUUAUUUAGAAGGAAAGGGUGGUCUUUUUAACUUUCUUGAAGAGAGACUAAAACAAAAUGGACAUGUAGUUAUUGUGAUAGCUGAAGGUGCUGGCCAGGAAUAUGUUGCUUCUGAACUGCAUGCAUCAGCUGAUAAGGAUGCAUCAGGAAACCAACUACUUCUUGAUGUUGGCCCAUGGUUAUCCGAAAAGAUCAAGAAUCAUUUUACAAACGUUAAGAAGAUGGCUGUAAAUAUGAAAUAUAUAGAUCCUACAUACAUGAUUCGAGCUAUUCCAAGCAAUGCAUCUGACAACAUUUACUGCACACUUCUUGCUCAUAGUGCUGUUCAUGGAGCUAUGGCUGGGUACACCGGCUUCACAGUGGGACCUGUAAACAGCAGGCAUGCCUAUAUUCCAAUUGCUCGUGUGACCGAGAGACAAAAUACGGUGGAGUUGACAGGUCGGAUGUGGGCAAGAGUUCUUUCAUCAACAAACCAGCCAAGUUUUGGGACGCCUGAAGAUUUGAUUCAAGAUGGAGUUCAAAAAGAGACGGUCAAGGAAAUAAAUAAAUGAAAACUUCACUCAGUUCCUUGCAAAAAAGAUAAUUUUAAAAAUUGAAAAUUGCAUCUUAGUUGAGUCUGAAGCAUGUAUGCUAAUAUGGUACCUCAGGCUUAUCAUGUGUUUGAUUAUAUUUUGCCAUGCAUUCAAUCCUCUUCAGUAGCUCAUGUUUUGUGGAAGAGGAUUUGCAGGAAUAAUAUGUGAAUUCUUUUAUAGAAAAAAGUGUUACAGAGAACCUUAAAUAUUGUAUUGUCUUUUAGGAAAAUUUAAUCCGGAUAAUGCAAUCUUUGAAAUUCAGAGUAGUUUGGCUCUUGAAGCUUGAGUGUAUAUGUAACAAAGUUUAUUAUUA